UAUCACCUACACAAUUAGCCUGACCUCUCAUCUUUCCACAUAUCCUGCAGAUACUCAAAAUAAUGAAAUUAUCAAAGCAAAAGCAACUCCCAAAACCAUAUCAAUUUUUGGCAGCAAGCCACCGGUUGCCACACAAGGGAAGAUUGAACAGGUUGAUAUGGGAACCAUAGAUCCUCUAGUUCCCCCCUUCAACAUCACUAAAGAAGAAAGAAUAGCAUGGUUUCGAAGGAAACGUCCAGAACUCAAGUUAUUCAAAGCAAACAACUCAAGGCAGAAGUUUCAUGAUCAAGUUUUGGAGUUCUUCAACAAAGAUUGUAGUGCUCACUACUUCAUGGUAUGGCUUUCACCAGCACAGUCCUUUGGACCAAGAGAAUUCUCGACUAUAGACAGUCUGUUCAAAGCUGAUCCUAAUGGAUGCUUGAUGAUUUUAUCAACAUCUCUCAAUUCUAGACAAGGACACAUGAUUCUGAAACCACUUCUGGAUCGUGGGUUUAAAGUUCUUGCAGUCAUACCAGACUUGCACUUCCUACUAAAGAACACCCCAGCAAAAGCUUGGCUUGAUGAGAUGAAUAGUGGGACUAGAGACCCAGGUACAAUUCCAUUAUCCAAUAAUCUAUCCAAUCUGAUCAGGCUUGCAAUACUGUACAAGUAUGGAGGAAUUUACCUAGACGUAGAUUUCAUCAUUCUUAAAGAUUUCAGAGAGUUCAGAAAUGCAAUUGGGGCACAGAGCAUGAAUACAGUAACUGGGAAGUGGAACAGAUUAAAUGGUGCAGUCAUGAUUUUUGAUGCUGAUCAUCCAAUUCUACAUGACUUCUUAGAGGAAUUUGCCACAGCUUUUGAUGGAAGUAAAUGGGGACAUAAUGGGCCUUACCUAAUCUCUAGAGUAACUAGAAGUGUCGAAGACAUGCCUGGUCGCAACUUUACAAUCUUGCCACCAAAGACAUUUUAUCCAAUAGAUUGGAUAAAAAUUGUCAGGCUUUUCAAGAAACCAGAGACAGAGAGUGAAUUGAAAAGGGUGGAAGAAAUGCUGCUUGAGUUCAGCACAAGCAGCUAUGCAAUACAUCUAUGGAACCACAGAACCAGAGAAUUAAUAAUUGAAGAGGGAAGCAUCAUGGAAAAACUAAUCUCAGAUCACUGUAUAGUUUGCCAGCAGACACAUGAUCAAUAAACCUCUCCUUUUGAGGAACUUUUUCAAACUUCACUUCAAUCCCUUCUAGAUGUGCAAUACAGAUUGAUAUGAUUG